CACUUUAAUUCACAUCAUCGUCUCCCUCUUAGAGCAGCCAGCCAUCGAUCCAGCACUAAAACCCCGCUCUCCGGACACUAUCCCGUCCCACGGAGGACGAUGCUGACACGGGAUCAUAAAUCAUCGUGUUGGCUGUAAACCUGUAACCUGUCCGCGGCGGUUAAGCUCCAGCGGUGAGCUGUAAGAAGGCUCGGCUGAUUCACUGUCAGGACUCUUCCCUCCUUCUGGUGCUCGAGUCAUUUCUUUAUCUUGUAAUUAUCCUUUCUGUACUCCGUUUCUAUCGAUCGGGAUCUAAAGAUGUCUGACUCGGAGGAGAUCACAGAGUUUGGGAGCAUAGUGGAGCGGAUUGAGAAGGGAGAGGUACCAAUAAGGAACAUAGAGCGGGAGCUCAUUUGCCCGAUCUGUAAGGAACUGUUCACGCACCCUCUCAUCUUGCCCUGUCAGCACAGCGUCUGUCACAAAUGUGUCAAAGAGCUACUGCUGCUGAACCAUGAGGACUCCUUCAGCACAGAUGCAGGCUCCGAGUGCUCCAACCCAGGCAGCCCUCGCUCCAGAGUGCCCUCUCCCAGCAUGGAGAGGCUGGACAGGAUUGUGCGAUCAGCCUCACUGAGAAGGUCGUUUGGAGGGAGAGGGUCUGUAUCCUCCCCUGGCUGGAGGCGUUCCUCCGUGACCCCCCGCGUCACCACCUUCCCAUGUCCGGGCUGCCAGCAUGAUAUUGACCUUGGGGAGCGGGGCAUUAGCAUGCUCUUCCGCAACUUCACGUUGGAGAGCAUCGUGGAGCGUUACCGGCAGGCGGCUCGGGCCGCCGUGGCCAUCAUGUGCAACAUGUGCAAGCCUCCUGUGCAGGAGGCCACCAAGAGCUGCAUGGACUGCAAGGCCAGCUACUGCAAUGAGUGCUUUAAGCUGCACCAUCCCUGGGGAACGCCCAAAGCCCAGCAUGAAUAUGUUGGGCCCACCACCAACUUCAGGCCAAAGGUGUUGAUGUGUCCUGAACAUGAGAUGGAGAAAGUCAACAUGUACUGUGAAGUGUGCCGUCGGCCAGUGUGUCACCUCUGCAAACUCGGCGGCUCUCAUGCUAACCAUAAAGUCACAUCCAUGAGCAGUGCCUACAAGAUCCUCAAGGAGAAGCUGUCAAAGAGUAUCCAUUACCUAAUUAGUAAAGAGGACCAAGUGAGGACUCAGAUUUCCGAGCUUGAGGUCUUGAUUCGUCAGACUGAGGAAAAUGGACAGCUUGCAGAGAGACGGGCCAAUGAACAUUUUGAGCGUCUUUUUGAGACUCUCCAAGAAAAGAAGACUGAAAUGUUGCGGUCCAUCGAGCAGUCCAGGAACUGCCGCCUAGACAAGUUCAAGAGCCAGGUGGAGGAGUACCAGGGCAUGCUGGAGAACAGUGGUUUAGUGGGUUAUGCCCAGGAAGUCCUGAAAGAGACUGACCAGUCCUGCUUCGUUCAGACGGCUAAGCAGCUACAUGUCAGGGUUCAGAAAGCCACAGAAUCGCUGAAGACCUUUCAGCCUGCAGCCAGCCCCUCAUUUGAUGAAUUCUUUCUGGAUACAUCAAAGGAAGAGUCAUUGCUAAAAGAGCUUUCCUUUGGUGGAGUUCCUGAUCCUCCUAUGAUUGACCUGUCUCAGAGUCGUGUGUAUAAUGAGGGCCUGAUCCACUGGAGGCUCCCUGAAGACUCUCUGCCCACAGAUCACCACAUUCUCGAGUACAGGAAGGUGGCUAAGGAAGAUGAGGAAGAGAGCCAGUGGCAGAUGAGUGACCGUAUAUAUGGCUCCAGCACAGUGGUGUGUGAUCUAGACAGUGACUGCCACUAUGCCUUCAGAGUGCGGAGCUGCCGUAACACCAUUUACAGCCCUUACAGCCCCGAGGUGUCUUUCCAUACUCCCCCUGCUCCAGUGUUUGGCUUCCUGUUUAAUGAGAAGUGUGGAUUCAGCGUAGAGCGGCUGCAGUUGAGCAAGAGGAGAGACUCUGUGGAGAGUGUGGCUGGCAUGCCCUUCCUGCUGGCUGCUGAUCGUGUCCAGACAGGAAGUUACAUAUGUCUUGACUACAUUGUUGGCGACACUGGCAUCUCGCAUGGCCGCCACUACUGGGCUUUCCGCGUGGAUCCAGGCUCUUACAUGGUGAAAGUGGGCGUGGCGUCAGACUCUAAGCUGAUUGAGUGGUUCCAUAACCCCCGUGACACCAGCAGCCCGAGGUACGACCAUGAUAGUGGGCAUGACAGUGGCAGUGAGGACACCUGCUAUGACCUCUCGCAGCCCUUCACUCUGGUCACCAUGGGCAUGGGCAAGCUUUUUAUCCCCAAAGCUUCCAUCACCGCCUCGGCGGGCGAUCACGGCAACCGCAUGCUACCCUUGCCUCAGCGUAUCGGAGUGUGCCUCGACUACGAUGCUGGCCGGGUGUUCUUCUACGAUGCCGACACCAUGCGCUGCCUGUACGAGAGGCAGGUGGACUGCUCAGGCACCAUGUACCCUGCUUUUGGCCUCAUGGGCGGAGGAGCUGUCCACCUGGAGGAAUUCAUCACAGCCAAGCGGCUGUCCUACAUGUGAAAUCUCGCUGUUGGCAUCCAAGUCUGCCCACCAUCUGCCCUCGUGCUGAUCUGUCUCUAUCCGCUUCUGCUGGCUUAUUUGUCCCUGGCUUCCAAUAGGUCACGAAAUGUAGCUUUUGUGUGCAAAACACCUGUUUCGUAUCCAGCCAAGAGUAACCUGACAAACCUUGCUUCAGUGCCUUUGUGCCUUUUAUGAGAUCAACUAAGCAGGUGCUUAAUUCUAAUGUUAUCGUUAUAACACAUCAGGUUUUGAUCAGCACUCGUAUGGCAAUGCAGAAUAUCACGAUACACCUUAAUACGAUGCAGAACCUCACUGUUUUUGCUCUUGUGAAAACGAUUGUCUGAACAAAUAUAAUGCGGUAUGAAUUGUACAUGUUGCACAUGAUUAACUUAUUUGGCACUACCUUAUACCUGUGCACUAACAAUAACCGGUUUUGUUAACUGUUCUGAUUGUAGUAACACUUGCAACACUAUUACCUGGGCUGACUUUUUCUCUUACUAAGACUGUUGAGAAUGAUCUGCUGAAUAAACUAUUUGCAAUGAAAUCUAAUCCAAUCAAAACAGUUUGUCUUAAAAAGUUGUCAUGUAAGUAUUUACUUGUGUUGGGUUGUUACACAAAUAGAUAAAUAGACCUCAUACUACUACGAUUGGGAUGUUAUUGAACUCAGCAUUAAAUAGCUUUUGCAUUAAGAAUGUAACUUUUUUUUUAUUGCAGAGUAGCAUUUGAAUCACACCUGUGCUGCUAGGUCUUUAACUUGGGCACAAUUCCAAUCAGAGCUACCUUAACACUGAUUGAAAAUGUGAUGGGGGUUAUUAUGCACUAUCGUCGCCAAUACGAACAUGGCAGAAUUAACUGGAAAAAAUGGCCUUAGUGAAUGACCAGACAAGGUUACUGGCUACAAAGGGACUUGGUUGUUUUCUUGCGUGGAGUAGUGGUAGAUGUAGUGGGGUUGCUGUGUGAUUCCUCAGGUACUCGCCCUAUGGGCUUUUUGCUACCUACCUCUUCUGUGACCUUUAAUAUUUCAUAUGAUUUCAACCACUGCUCUUAUUCUUUGAUUCUUUUGAGGAGGUGGCAGAGUCUGUGCCUGUUUUUUUUUAAAUGUGAUCACUGAAGCUCCAAGGGUUUCUUCUUUUUUGUUAAAGCUGGAAACCUAAGAGUUCUCAAAUCAAAAGUCUUUUUAUUCCUUUAUUUUAAUUUUAGAUUUUGAGUUUCACGGGGACACUGAUGCAUUCUUUGAUUUCAUUGCAAUCUUUACAUUUAUAAAAAGAUUUCAUUAUUUUCAGUUAGUCUGUUUUUCAUUUUAUUGUAGCAUAAGAAAAAAUGACUUUUUGAAGAUUAUUGCACAAAAGUGAGUCGUCUUUUUUUUCUGAAUCUCUUCACCCUCUAAAUUAAAUAGACUUUAAGUGUUGUGUCCUCAGAAUUAAAUUCACUUGUGGUAAUUCAAAGAAUCAUGUAACCAUUUUUCAGUGGUGAUGUUGGAAUGGAAAUGGUGAAUCCAUGGUAUGCUCUUCCAUUUGUUUUUCUUUUGUAGACAUUAAUUGUUCACUAAUUUUCACAUUUUCUUUGACAGUACACAGUUUUGUUUUUCUUUUUUUCGUUAGAUUCAAGAAUGAGUCUAUGCACAUUAGUUUACAGUUUCUGGGUGGUGUUUUUGCUAUGCUACGUUAGUGUCACGGUGUGUAAUGGCUUGGGAUCCACAUAACCAAAUGUUUUGUUAGUUCCUUGUACAUGUUAAACUAUUGGGUCUUUGGGGGAAAAGAAAUAUAUAUGUUUUUUUUCUGGUUGCUUUCAGUGUAGUCUUAAUGGUAGAGUAUUGAGGUAAGGUGAGUUGUACUGGCUUAUCAAACAGGACACUAUUGUCUUUUUAGUGGACAUUUUAACUGAUUUUUCAAGCUAGCACUUUAUAGCAUGUUAGCCACUUGGCUUGGUGCAGGUGUACGUAAAUUGGUGUGCAAUAUAAUUUCGCCCUUGGGACGUACUGUACUCUUUGAUGGAUUGGGGUGUGAUGUUUGCUCUUUGUGAUUGUAAUGCUUUAAUGGAAAUGAAAAGCUGUCUGUCACCUGUAUCUGUACUGUUAUUUUUUAAUUUACCAUGUGGGGUUUUGAUAUAAAAUAAAGGUGUUUAAAAUUGCCUCAAA